AUUCGCGUUCUCCUCUCCGAACCCGGCGACCUGGAGAAGUUUGUGGAAUUCUGCGGGGUUGUUGGCCUACGUGCUCCUACCAGAGGCAGAAGGAUUGACGCCACCGGUCUUGAGAAAUUUUUUGCUCAGCGUCGUGUCGACAGAUUAACGGGGUGGAUGAAAUCCUUGGAUUGGCCUGUUGCAUUCCAGGUCGCUGCUCUGCUACACAACGGGCUCUUGAACACUCAGGAAAUAGAGUCUAUCCGUCCCAUUAUCACUCAGCUCUCGAACAAGUCAGCGGAGCAUACAGGCGAUACACUACGUCUCUUUACCGAGAAGACGCGAUCUCAAACGUCCUUUCGACAGCCUCUCGAGCUUUUGGACGAACUUGUGAACUAUAGAGCCAGCAAUCAGCCUCGUCGUACUCCUCCGGCUGGCCAUUUCUUCUGCUCCCAUGUCACCAUCACCCCAACUCGCAUGUUGCUCGAAGGCCCCUAUAUCACCCAGUCCAACAGAGUAAUUCGCAAAUACGAUCAGUUCAAGGAUCAUUUCAUCCGAGUUGAGUUUAGAGAAGAGAACCGCCAGAAAUACAGAUGGGAGCGCGAGGUUGAUGUGCUGGAAUUUCUCACGAGCAGGGUUGGAGCGAAGCUCAAAGGUGGAGUCGACGUUGCGGGGAGGCGUUUCAGCUUCGUGGCCUACUCGCCUUCCGCUCUCCGCAAUCACUCGUUGUGGUUUGUUUGCGAGGAAGGGUUUAGACCUCCGGUACAGAUAUUGAAGGAGCUCGGCAACUUUUCAGCCACAACAAACCAACCCGCAAAGCGCGCGGCUCGUAUGGGGGUGAGUACAAACGCCUGUUAUGUGCCUCAAUGUACUAAAGCAUCGUUUCAGCAAGCAUUCUCUGCCACGCAGCCUUCAAUCAAGGUCUCUAAAGACCAGAUAGUCGAAAUCCCGGACAUUACAGGCCCUCAUAACAACCCAGCUCGACCACCCCAUGUGUUCACUGAUGGCAUCGGGACUAUCUCACCGAAGCUGAGGGAUAGAAUAUGUGAAGCACUUAGUAUAUCGACGAAGCCAGACGCUUUUCAGGUUCGGUGUGCGGGCCUCAAAGGUGUCUUCGUCGUAGACCAUCAGCUUGAAGGUAAAAUUAUGUGUCCUCGCCCAUCAAUGAAGAAGUUCCUUCCUCUAGAUGAGUCGGAGGAUGCAGAAAUCGAAAUCGUUAGAGCCUUCGAUAAGCCGGGCCGCUCCUUCCUCAACAGACCUCUCGUCAUGGUCCUCGAGGACCGCGGUGUUAAGACGGAAGGUUUUUUGGAGCUAUUCAACGAUGCGGUUGCUGAUGCUAGAACGGCACAUGACUCUGUUGACCAAUUUGUUGCUGUCCUUCAGAAGCACAGAUUGGGGAUUCCCUACAGGCUAGACCAAACACUCCUCAAACUCAAGGCCCUGGGUCUGGUGCUCAGGACAGGACAGGACCAAGAGUCCUUGGACACGGAUUUUCUAGCUCGAGUGCGCUUAUGUGUAAUAAAACAUAUCCUGCGGGAUAUCAGGCACAGUGCUCGCAUCCCCAUCCCAGGAAGCUACCAGCUGGUUGGAGUGGCUGACGAAGGCCAAGCAUAUAUCAACGCAGGAAAAGAAAAUGUCUUCACCUUACGUCAAGGCCAAAUAUAUGCCUGCAUCCAGGAUCCAAGUGACGCGGAGCCACAAUGGCUUCAAGGAACUUGUGUCAUCUCUAGGUCUCCUGUAGUUCAUCCAGGAGAUGUGCAGAGAGUGUACGCCAUAGGAAAACCGCCAGAAAACCAGCUAUGCGCGUUUGCGCGUUUGAAAAACGUUGUUGUUUUCGCUUCUCGAGGAACGCUUCCUCUAGCCAAUUGCCUUGGGGGCGAUGGGCAUGUCACACGUCUUUUCAUCACGGAGCAGGUGGACCCGACUGAAUAUGACGCACGGGAGCCAUAUACUCUGGAUAGGCCGGUCACACUUGAUGACAUUUGCGACUUUGUAGUCGAAUACAUACAUUCCGAUGUCGUGGGUUUAGUUGCCGACACCCACAUCAUUAUUGCAGAUGCCAGCAGUGAUGGGACGCUUGACCGCCGCUGCUUGGAGCUCGCGAAAAUGCACAGUCAGGCUGUCGACUACCUCAAGAACGGUAUCCCUGUAGACAUCCGACGGAUGCCUCGUCGGCUGAUACCCUUUAAGCCCGACUGGCAUGAGGCUGAAGACGAAUCCUCCCACCCCUGUGAUUACUACAGAUCGAAUCGAGCUCUCGGUCACAUGUAUCGGACAAAACUGGAUGAAGACAGAGAAACUCUGGCUCACGUCGAAGUUGACUCCUACGGCGACUCGAUUUCUCAGGUGGUGCAGCAGCGAGUCAACGGAUACCCACUAGCUCAAGCCAGUCAUCAAGAACAGAGAAACGUCCUUCGUAUAGUAGAGACCAUCUUCAAAAGGUAUCAAGACGAGCUUCGCUACAUCUGCAUGACCCAUUCACUCACUGACGCCGCGGAUGAUUGCCUGAGAGAAGAGGAGGUGAUAGCAUCCACGAUCCUUGCUAAGUGCUCUCAGAAGGGAUGGAGAAAAGAUCGUCUCCAUAGAAUGAGAGAAUGCGCGACCCACCUCGUACAAGAAACUCGACGAGACCUUAUAGGAGAUUUAGAAGUAGCUCCGAGUGAGGAGGUACGCAACGGACUACAUAAAGCGUGGGCUGCAUGGCAGCAAAGCAUCAAUCAUCGAGCAGAGAAUAGCACGGAAUUGUUCGGUACACAAAGCUUUGGCUGGUUGGCCUUGGGUGCAGUUUUGGACUGCCUCGAGAACCUCGGGGUAAUUAAUCGAAAGUGA